AACCGAAUAUCUUCGCUCAAUUCUUGAUUCUUUAUCAAAGCCAAACCGAAAUCACCAGAUUUCUAAUUACACUCAGUUUCUUUCUAAGGCUUGUCUCUUAGAUCGUAACCCUAAUCGCAAGACAGCAUUUGCGGGGUUCUCAUUGUUCGAAAUGGAAUCUGUGGAUGAACUGCAAGAGGCUGAGUCUCCUGAUGACUCCUACAGUGACGAUAUUGCAGAAAACGACCCAGAAAACACAGCUGCCAACGUUAUUAGCUUCCAAGAGAAGAGUUUUAGUGUGUUGAAUGCGGAAGACAUUAAACAACUUCAGGAAGAUGAUAUCACAACUGUUUCAACUGUUCUUUCUAUAUCUACAGAAGAUGCAAGCAUCUUACUUCGUUAUUAUCACUGGAGUGUUAGCGAUGUUCACGAGGCAUGGUUUUCUGAUGAGUGUAAAGUCCGCAAGAGAGUGGGCUUAGUGGAGGGGCCGGUUAAUCAAUUCCCUAAUUCUAGAGAAGUUCAAUGCGGGAUCUGCUUUGAGGACUGUCCUCUUGAUCAGAUUAGUUCUGCCAUUUGUGGUCACCCCUUCUGCCGAACGUGCUUGCAAGCUUACAUCAACGGAUCAAUUAAUGGUGGUCCUGGAUGUUUGAUGUUGAGAUGCCCUGAUCCAUCUUGUGGAGCUGCUGUUGGCAAUGGUAUGGUCAAUCAGUUGGCAACUGAUCAAAAUAAGGAGAAAUAUGCUCGUUAUGUUCUUAGAUCUUAUGUUGAAGACAGUCGAAAGAAAAAAUGGUGUCCUGCACCAGGCUGUGAGUAUGCCAUUGAAUUUGUGAUGGGCUGUGGUGGCUAUGAUGUUGCAUGCUUUUGCUCACAUGAAUUCUGUUGGAAUUGCUCCGCGGAAGCUCAUCGUCCUGUGGAUUGUGACACUGUCUCAAAAUGGAUUUUGAAAACCAGUACUGAGCCAGCAACUAUGAACUGGAUACUACUAAAUUCCAAACCUUGUCCAAAGUGCAAGAGAUUGAUAGAGAAAGACCAAGGUUGUAUGCAUAUGACAUGCAUGCCUCCUUGCAAAUUUGAAUUUUGCUGGGUAUGCCUUGGCUUAUGGUCUGAUCAUGAACAAAGGGGUGAUUGUUACUAUUCAUGUAACCGCUAUGUUGCUGCAAAACAAGAGGGAGUGUUGGACGAAACUGAGAAGAGUAGGGAGAUGGCUAAAAAUUCAUUGGAGAGAUACACACAUUACUAUCAACGUUGGGCAACUAAUCAGUUGUCUAGGAAGAAGGCUCUUGCUGAUCUGCAUCAGAUGCAGAAUAUGCAACUUAUAAAGCUGAGUGACAAACUAUCACAACCGGACUCUCAUCUGAAGUCCAUGAUAGAUGCCUGGACUCAGAUCGUUGAAUGUAGGCGUGUUCUAAAAUGGACUUAUGCGUAUGGAUUCUAUCUACCUCUGGAUGGAUCUAAGAGGGUGUACUUUGAAUUCGUACAGGGUCUUGCUGAGUCUGCUCUAGAAAGGCUUCAUCAAUGUGCUGAAGAGAAUAAACAGACAUAUCUGAAAGUUGAUGGGACUUUAUCUGAUUGUAUUGAUUUCGGCACAAAGCUGUCUGGACUGACAAGUAUAACCCGGAAUUUCUUUGAGAACUUGGUUGGAACCUUAGAGAAAGGUAUGCCAGACGUGAAUUCUGAAAAGAAAGACAACAACAUAGGUGAAAAUGACGAUGAAGAGAGCCAGAUCAGACGGUUGGUUUUGUGAUCUAUGCGAGAUGUAAGCAAUCAAUCAGACUUGACUAAUGGUUUUAGAGCAAAGACAUAUUUCAGACUAAUCAAUUGAAAAUUAG